GCCCGCCGGCGCCCAGGAGAGCCACCGCCACAGCCCGGCCCAGGCCCAGGCCCAGGCCCUGCGCAGAGCGAAGCGGAGCGGCGUCUACCCGGGCCCUGAAAACCGGCGCGGCGGGGGCGGGCCCAAGACCUGCCGCGGAUCUUCCAUUCUCCAGGGCGGGAGCGGGAGCUCCGGCGUCCCGGAUCGGGCUCGGCGCACGCCCAUGGCAAGCGCGGCCUGCCCGGGCCCCGGGGACCCUGCCAUGUGAGGCAGGCCCGGGCUGGGGGCCCGGCCAUGGCCGGGGAACGGCCCCCACUGCGGGGCCCUGGGCCAGGGCCGGGAGAAGCGCCGGGGGAGGGGCCCCCGGGACCGGGGAGUACGGGUGGAGGCCCGGGCCGGGGCCGCCCCUCCUCCUACCGGGCUCUCCGCAGCGCCGUCUCCAGCCUGGCGCGCGUGGACGAUUUCCACUGCGCGGAGAAGAUCGGGGCCGGCUUCUUCUCUGAGGUCUACAAGGUUAGGCACCGACAGUCAGGGCAAGUCAUGGUGCUGAAAAUGAACAGACUCCCCAGUAACAGGGGAAACACGCUACGGGAGGUGCAGCUGAUGAACCGGCUCCGACACCCCAACAUCCUAAGGUUCAUGGGGGUCUGUGUGCACCAGGGGCAGCUGCACGCUCUUACAGAGUAUAUGAAUGGGGGGACCCUGGAACAGCUGCUCAGCUCCCCAGAACCCCUGUCCUGGCCAGUCAGGCUCCGCCUGGCUCUGGACAUUGCCCGGGGCCUGCGGUACCUGCAUGCCAAAGGUGUAUUCCACCGAGACCUAACAUCCAAGAACUGUCUGAUCCGACGGGAAGACCGAGGCUUCACGGCUGUUGUGGGUGACUUCGGGCUGGCUGAAAAGAUUCCUGUGUAUAGGGAAGGGGCAAGAAAGGAGCCAUUGGCUGUGGUAGGUUCACCUUACUGGAUGGCUCCAGAGGUGUUGCGGGGUGAGCUGUAUGAUGAGAAGGCCGAUGUCUUUGCCUUUGGUAUUGUUCUCUGUGAGCUCAUUGCACGAGUACCUGCGGACCCAGAUUACCUACCCCGAACUGAGGACUUUGGCCUGGAUGUGCCUGCUUUCCGGACCCUGGUAGGGGAUGACUGCCCACUGCCCUUCCUGCUCCUGGCCAUCCACUGCUGCAGUAUGGAACCUAGCACUCGUGCUCCCUUCACUGAAAUCACCCAGCAUCUGGAAUGGAUCCUGGAGCAGCUGCCUGAGCCAGCCCCCCUCACCAGAGCUUCCCUGACACACAAUCAGAGGUCUGUUUCAAGAGGGGGUCCCUCUGCCACCCUUCCUAGGCCAGACCCUCGGCUUUCCCGAAGCCGAUCAGACCUCUUCCUGCCCCCAUCACCAGACUCACCCCCCAGCUGGGGGGACAAUCUGACUCGAGUCAAUCCCUUCUCACUCCGGGAAGACCUCCGGGGAGGCAAGAUCAAGCUGUUGGACACACCUAGCAAGCCAGUUACCCCCCUGCCCCUUGUUCCACCAUCACCACUGCCCUCCUCGCAGCUGCCCUUGGUGACCACUCCAGAGACCCUCAUCCAGCCUGGGACACCUGCCCGUCGCUGCCGUUCGCUCCCAUCAUCCCCUGAGCUCCCCCGACGUAUGGAGACAGCACUGCCAGGUCCUGGCCCUCCCAGUAUGGGCCCCUCGUCUGAAGAAAGAAUGGAGUGUGAGGGCAGUAGCCCUGAGCCAGAACCCCCAGGACCAGCUCCCCAGCUGCCCCUGGCCGUGGCCACAGACAACUUCAUCAGCACUUGUUCCUCGGCCUCCCAGCCCUGGUCCCCUAGAUCAGGACCUGCCCUUAACAACAACCCCCCAGCUGUGGUGGUGAACUCCCCACAAGGCUGGGCUGGGGAGCCGUGGAACCGGGCUCAGCAUAGCCUGCCCCGGGCGGCAGCCCUGGAGCGGACAGAACCCUCGCCACCCCCUUCAGCUCCCCGGGAGUCUGAUGAGGGGCUGCCCUGCCCUGGCUGCUGUCUUGGCCCUUUCAGCUUUGGCUUCCUGUCCAUGUGCCCCCGCCCCACACCAGCUGUUGCCCGCUACCGCAACCUGAACUGUGAGGCGGGCAGUCUCCUCUGCCACCGAGGGCACCAUGCCAAGCCUCCCACACCCGGCCUGCAGCUGCCCGGGGCGCGCUCUUAGCAGUGGGGCCUGUGGUCUCUGGCCUCCAGCUUUGGCCUUCAGGAUGCCCUGUGAGGACAGAGCACACGUUGGACAGUGCCAGCCCUGACAGGGCUGACCGGCUGUUCUCCCCAUGUAGGGGAACCUCAGCAUGGACUCAAGGGACAGAACAUUUCCUAUCUAGCCCCUGGGCCUGCUCUCCCAUGGGCGAUCACUGAACCAGACAAAGCAUUGCUGAUACAUGAGACUAACACGUGCAAAUUAUUUAAAAAUAUUUCAAUAAAACUGCCUGGCUGGCUCCGGGCUGCCCCUA